AUGGCCUGGAGAAGGGCAAGAAAGCGCCAGCGCGAGUUGCAGCAGUUCCACGCCCACCAUGAGCUUCUGACCAUGACAACCAUUGUUCAAAUUAUUGAAGAAGAAGAAGAAGAAGAACGUCCUCGCUGCGGCUCUAUAGUUGGCAGGAAAAUGGUGCCCAGGGAUAGGUUCAGCGGCUAUUGGAGGUUGAUGCAAGAUUAUUUCCUCGAUCCUCCAGUCUUCGACGAUAAUCACUUCCGUCGCCGCUUUCGAAUGUGCAAAGCUAUGUUUAUUGACAUUUGUCAUGCUAUUGCAGCGCGGAAUGACUACUUCAAGAGGAAACCCAAUGCCGCAGGUCUGCCGGGGUUCACCACGGUACAGAAGGUAACCGUUGCCUUGCGUUUGCUUGCAUAUGGAGGGUGUGCGGACCGCCUUGUUGAGUACAUUCGUAUGGGGGAGACCACCAUCCUUGAGAGCCUGGAUCACUUCACUAGGACUGUGAUUGAUCUCUAUGGGCAGUCGUAUCUUAGACCACCCAAUGCUGAAGACAUUGCUAGGCUCCUUCGGAAAGCAGAAGAAAGAGGAUUUCCCGGCAUGAUUGGUAGUAUCGAUUGUAUGCAUUGGGAGUGGGAGAAGUGCCCUACAAGUUGGCACGGUCAAUAUAGGGGCCAUUACAAGAAACCUACAAUUAUCCUUGAGGCUGUAGCAAGUUAUGAUCUUAGGAUUUGGCAUGCCUUCUUUGGCAUGCCAGGAUCUUGCAAUGAUGUUAAUGUCUUACAUCGAUCUCCGGUGUUUGACAACCUUGCUAGAGGCAUUGGACUUGCAGUGAAUUUCAAUGUCAAUGGGAGGGAUUACAAUAUGGGAUAUUAUCUUGCUGAUGGUAUCUACCCUCCUUGGGCUACUUUGAUCAAUGGCAUCUCUAGUCCUCAAAGCAAUAAGUAUAAUUACUUUACACUUAAACAAGCGGAGUACCGGAAGGAUGUGGAGCGUGCAUUUGGUGUGCUGCAAGCAAAGUAUGCAAUCAUGAAGGGACCAGCUAGGAGGUUCAGUCCAGUGGCACUCAAGUAUAUAGUUGAUUGUGUAAUCAUCCUACACAAUAUGGGUAUUGAAUAUGAGAAAGGAAUGGAGGAAUUGAGAAUUGAAGAUUAUGACGACGCGACAAGGCCAACGACCACCAUCAUCAGAGAUCUUUGGAGUGGAAGGAGUACCAUGGGGUAG